AUGCCCUUCCUGUAUCCAGUAGCAUCCAACUCACUGAGCAUUCGAACACGAGAUAUCCCAGCCAUCCCGAUGAAUCAAUUCAACCAACUCGUAGAGGACAUCAGACAAGUCCUGGGCCCUUCGUCGGGUCUGGAUUCGGCUGAUGUCGACGUCGAGGACCUGACGCUCCUCAUGGAACGAUACGUGUCCAAUUCCAAAGAAUGGGCGACGUAUGCGAUGGGCAACGCCAACCUGCCGUACACCAGGAACCUCGUCGACGAGGGCAACGGCAAAGCCAACCUGCUCGUACUCGUAUGGACGCCCGGCAAAGCCAGUCCCAUCCACGACCACGGCAACGCGCACUGCGUGAUGAAGAUCCUCCGCGGCAACCUGACCGAGACUCGAUACGACUUCCCCAACGGCGACAAAGCCCAGCCGAUGCAGGUCAAGUCGGAAAAUGUACACAAUGAGAAUGCAGUCGCCUAUAUGGCUGACGAGCUUGGACUGCAUCGAGUGUCCAACCAGGACAGCGACUACGCUGUCUCCCUACACUUGUAUACACCUCCCAACGUCGCCAAAACCGGCUGUAAUACCUUCAACGUCGAGACCGGCAAGAAGACUCACGUACCAAAAUGCAGCAACUACUCCGCAUAUGGUAGACGUGUGAAGGAAUAG